AUGUUCACAGACGAAUUCCCGCGCGGGCAAAACAGCGGCUCUGUUGAUACGUCGCACUUGCAUCCUUGCGACACGCAGCUCACCGUGCAGCACUCGUCGUUUAUCCGCUCUUGCGUGAACACCGCCUUGUUCAGGUUCACAUUCGUCUUUGCUACGCUGAAAUUCACCAGCCGUAUCGCCUCGCCGAAUAACGUGUCGGCAAAUGUCGCCUUUGUAGUCGCCAUCUUCUCUAUUAUCUUCCCGCGCACUUCCGCCUCGCACAACGCAAAUUCGCUGCUCGUUUCGUUUGAUAGCGACCCCACGUUGACCACCACCAGCUUCUCGAUCUCCGACCGGCACAGGUUCACUUUGUUGCCAACUCUCACAUCUUGUAUGUGCAGGCCGCUAAACUUGGUCUCAUCGCAGUACAUCCCGUCUGACACCGACACAUUUCGAAUAAACGUGUCCUCAAACUCACACUUUCUCUUCGCCUCCCGCCCUGCAAUCGCUUCCUCAUGGCACGCCAAAGCCCCAAUCUCAGAAUCCUCUACUUCAAACUUGGAUAUAGACGCAUCCUGA